UCACUCUACAGAAGAUUGAAGUGUAUGGAAGACUCGAGCAUGAGUCAUCGAUGGCACACGCCGCCCAAUGGAGGACUCGACCGUGAGCCACUGGUGGUACGCGCCUGCGUGAACGUGUUAAGUCAGUAGCCAAUCACGUUACAGCUACUAUUUAUUUAUUUUUGUAUAAUAACAUUGUCCAUGUAAUGUAAGAUGAAAAUCAUGUUUAAGAUUGUAUUCUACUACUUGUUAUAGUUUUAAAUGAAUUUAAAUAUCUACGUAUAAAAAAAGUAUUUUAAUUUCUAAGAAUUAUUUAUUAAAUGUAUAAACAAAUGUUGGUAAUAUAUCGUGUAUGUGAAAAUUUUUGGACAAAAAUAUGAAUUGCUAACUUUAUAUCAACCUGCAUUAUACUUUUUCUAUGAUUAUAUCCCGCUUAGAAAAGAAUAGAAUACGUUUCUACAGAUUAUAAACAACCAUUGUUCAAAAGCCACGAGGUUUUUCCUUGCGUAUGCUUUUAAGGUUAUGCCGCUCAAUUUUGAUGCAUGUAUAGCAUUUUAUAAUUAAUGAUAAGAAAUGGAUGAAACAUUGAGUACACCUCCUACAAUUAAAUUAAAUUUAUCAGGACAAAUCUAUUGUGUAGAAUUUUCUCCUUACGAAUGGUCCCAGCAACUGAUUUGUAUUGGUUUAAAAGAAGAAGUCAUAAUUGGUACAAUCAAAUUUCAGGAUGAAGAUGAUACUGUGGAAGACAUAGCUUAUAAUUUAAUUAGAACCUUUCAUCAUGACACUAGACCAAAUGCUAUUGCAUGGAGUCCAGAAACAACCUUAAGUGUUGUUCCUAAAAUUCUUACAUUUUGUGUUGCUGGUACAGAUUUUAGAAUACGAAUGUAUAAUAGUAAUUUAAAUGAUGUUAAUAUAUAUGAGAUUUUAGAAGGCCAUAUAGAUUAUAUAAAUUCAAUUUCCUAUGAACCUGAGGGUGAAUUAUUAGCAUCAACAUCUGAUGAUCAUACUUGCAAGCUUUGGGCUGUUAAAGAAGAUCAAAAGUGUAUUUCAACAUUUCAUUUAACAUCACCUGGUAUGAGUGUAUGCUGGCAUAGUGAAGAAUCUGGAAAGUUGUUAGUUGCAGAAAAAAAUGGAUUGAUUCAUAUGUACAAUGUUAGAAAUCAACAAGCAAUUAUUUCACUUGAUGCAGGAGUACUUCCUUUAUCCUCUGCAGAUUGGUGUUCUAAUCCAUUAAAAGUUGUAUCUUUAGCAGCUGGAGAAUUACUCUUAUGGGAUGUAUCUAGACCAAGUCGACCACUAGAAUCUGGAACACUUUAUAUUGAAGGUGGUUUAUUAAUCAAAUUCUCUCCUAGUUAUGAACAUAUUGUAGCUAGUAUUGGCAGACCUGAUAAUCUAUUAAAAGUUAGUAACUUUAAGUUAAAACAAGUCAUAUUACAUGGGAAAGUUAAAAUUGUAGGAGGUUUGUCUUGGCAUUAUAAAUAUCCAUAUAUUUGUGCAGGUAGUGAUAGAGAACUUCAUUUUUGGAAAAUAAAAAUUAAUUAAAUUUCAAUAAAAGUAUUAUUUUGAUAUUUAUAUAAAUUUAUAUUAUUAUGUAUUCUUUUAAGUAAAAUAUUGAAAUGAAUAAGUGAAUAAUAUU